UUAUGCACAGAGGCAGUGCGGAACUUUUAACGGAGACACCGUUUCUGAACGAACGUAUUUUGUCGACGGACCGCGGCUACUCAGCUCUGUAGACCAAAAUUUUAAGCCAGGCGGUGAAGGAGCAGGUUAAAUGUCGUGUUCUCUGGUUGGCGUUUCUGGGUCCGUGAUUCCUCUGGAGGAUGGACGAGCUGUGAUUCUGGGCCGGGGUCCAGAGACAGGGGUCACAGAUAAAAAAUGCUCCAGACACCAGGUCAAGGUGGUGGCUUGUUAUGCAGACCAGGAUGUGGUGGUAACUCAGCUGGGUCCCAACCCCUGCUUCCUAGGUGGUGAGAAGCUGGGCCGGGGCCAGUCCGGUAAACUGGCUCACGGGGGCACGCUGUACCUGGUCAACCAGGACCACCCGUUCACUCUCCGCUUCACUCUGAGCUCCAACGGGACAGAAUCCAGCAUGGCUAAGAGGGGUCCGAAAUCCACAAAUAAGACUAAAGGAGGAGGCAACAGCAAACAGAAAGACGUUCAGCCGGGUCCGACGCCUAAACGUAACAUAAAGGACUUUUUUACUUCCUCUCCCUCUAAGUCAUCAAAAAGGAAUCUGAGCCCAGGAAGGGAGACCUCUGAGGUGAAGCGACCAAGAAUAGACGAGGAGGUCUCAGACAGAGGGAUCAACGAUGAGGAGAGGCUCAUCGAGGAAAAACUCAAACGUCUGCAGGAGUUGGCUGAGAAAUCUGCGACAGUCCAGACUAAAGACGACCAGCCUUCAUCCUCUUCGUCAUCAGCUAAGGAGUGUGCGAAGAGCAGCUGGCAGCAGAUAGGAAACCUGCUGGUUUAUACUGCUGCAGGAGUCAAAGCAAGCAACAAGAUUGCAGGAUUUGACAUUGAUGGUUGCAUCAUCACCACCAAAUCUGGUAAAGUCUUUCCUACAGCUCCUGAUGAUUGGAAGAUUCUGUACCCUGAGAUUCAGCCCAGGCUGGCCAGUUUGCUCAAAAAGGGCUACAAGGUGGUGUUCUUCACCAACCAGCUGGGCAUUGCUAAAGGCAAACUGAGACCAGAAGUCUUCAAAUCUAAAGUUGAGGACAUCCUGUCCACUCUGCAGCUGCCUGUGCAGGUGUUUGUAGCUACAGGUCCUGGUGUUUACAGGAAACCAGUGGUGGGAAUGUGGAACCACCUGUCUGACAAGGCUAAUGAUGGCGUGGUCGUUGACAAAACACAGAGUCUUUAUGUCGGAGAUGCUGCAGGAAGACCAGAGAACUGGGCUCCUGGCAGGAAGAAGAAGGAUUUCUCCUGCAGUGACCGACUGUUUGCUCUGAACAUUGGGCUUCAGUUCCAUACUCCCGAGGAGUACUUUUUAGGCUGGAAGAGCGCCCCCUACAGCCUGCCUGCAUUUGACCCGAGGAAGCUCGACUCCACCUCCAGGCUGUAUGACCCUCCGACCGCCUCGCUCACCUCUGAUAAGACGGAGGUCAUCGUUGCUGUGGGUUACCCUGCAGCUGGUAAAUCCUCCUUUUUCCACACUCACAUUAUUCCAAAAGGCUACGUCUACGUCAACAGGGACACGCUCGGCUCCUGGCAGAACUGCGUGUCGGCCUGUGAGCGCGCUCUGAAGGAGGGUCGCAGCGUCGCUGUGGACAACACCAACCCGGACCCGGAGUCUCGGAAACGGUACGUGGACGUGGCCAAAGCAGCCGGGGUGUCAUGUCGCUGUUUUCACUUCUCAGCCAGUUUGGAACAAUCCAAACACAACAACAGAUUCCGUGAGAUGACUCCGUCUGACAGCAAACACGCUAAGGUCAACGACAUGGUUUUCCACAGCUACAAGAAACACUUCAUCGCUCCUGCUCUGUCCGAGGGAUUCUCCGAGAUCCUCCAAAUUCAUUUUGUCCCAGUCUUCAAGGACACCGAGUCUGAGACUCUGUUCAGACAAUUCUCUGAGGGCUGAACAAAUCACUUUUUGUCGUUCUAACAAACAGAAAACACCUCAGAGUUUGGAGUUUCAGCUAAAGAACUGGCCUUUGUUCUCUAAUGUCUAACUGUUGUGACAGCAGUGACAAUAACUCGACUUGUACCUUAAAAUCAGAUUAUUUUUUAUUUAGACAAUAUUUCAGCACAGCAGCAGUAGAAAUGUUUGAGUGCUUUUCACAUUAAAAUUGACAUAACCUCAAUGUCUCAUUUUAGUUUUAUCUACAACUAAAGAAUCACAUCAAGACGUUGAAGCAGUUUCCAGUAUUUAGAUUUUAAAAACCAAACUGAGAAAUGUAGACAUCUUUAAAUGAAAUAGUUAUAGUAUCUACAGCUGUAAAUAUCCCAACAUUUGAGAUUUGCAUGAUAAUAUCGACUUUAAAGUGAAUUUCUGUCAACGACCGAAAACAUUAACCGGAAAAUAAAUCUGUCAGGUCUGGGCGUAGAUGAAGUUGAUUCAAAAACUUUUUUUUUCCCUAAACGUGUCAAAUAAAAUUAAUGUUUGCCUUGAAA